AUGCCUGGCAUUAUGUGCGCUUCUUCUCCAUAUUUACAGGAACGCACUUGCUGCCCUGCCUUGCCUUUUAUUGCAAAACCAUCCCAAUCUUGUCUGCUUCUCUUCCUAAAGCAUCCCUGAUGGAGUCUGAGAAGGGGAAGGGCGUGGCUACAAAUGACUCUGUGGACAACGAGGGCCGCCUCUGGAACUCCUUUAUGGAGAAGCACUUGCGAUCUCUUACCCAAACUCUCCAUAAGAAGGAGAUCGUUGAUCUCCUCGUCAAGCUCGGUAUGUCAUUCCCUCAGAUUGCCAAAGAAAUUAGAAUUACAGCGAGACAAUACCUUGUAGGUCAAAGACUUGUUGUUUAUGGUUUGCAUGAGGAAACUACUACAGAAACUUUGUGUGAUGCCUUUUCUUCAUAUGGCGAAAUUGUGGAAGGACAUGUUAUGACUGACAGUGUAACUGGAGAGUCUCGUCGUUUUGGCUUCAUUACAUUCAAAAACAUAGAAUCUCUUCAAAAAGCACUGGAAGAAGAACGCAAAUUAGUUGAUGGCCGUCUAGUUUUACACCAGCCUGCAAAUGAAAGAUUCGACGGUGCAGUUGCCACUGCCGAUGCAGAAUUGAGAAGACUGUACGUUGGAAAUAUUCCUAGGGAUGUAACAACUAAAGAGUUGCUCGAUUUCUUUGCAAAGUAUGGGGAAAUAGAAGAAGGUUCUGUUAUAUUUGAUGAUCAAGAAACUAGAAUAUCAAAAGGAUAUGGGUUUGUGACAUUCAAGAAGUCUGAGGAUGCAACGAACGCCAUUAAUGAUCCAAAUAACUUCCUUGGAACGAACAGACUCCAAGUGAAGCGUGCAAAUAAAUACAAGCCGAAGUUUCAUUAGCCUAAGCUCCUUACGCCAUUGCCGGCCUGCAGCAGUACGGCUCACAGUCCCAAGUCCCAACUACAAUCAUAGCUUACCCAUAUACUAUUUUGCUUGACGGUAACCAUUUUAUUGGAGUUAGAAACCUGAAGCUGUUAACCUCUUGUCACUAAUAGAGUUCGAUGAUGUUGUAGAAUAAUGGUCAGCUACUAAAGAUUAAUGGAGAGAAUUACUCUUUUUUUUUUAUCA